UUUCAUUUAUUCUGCGAUUCAUUCUGUGAAUAGUUUACCUCCCUAACGAAACCCUGUCUCAGAAUGACUAGCCAUGAGAAAAAUGAAAUGAAUGUAUUUUGGUGAAGUUGAGACGGCCACACAUACACCCUUGCCUGCCAACUAGCGUUCAGAUCUUUAAAUAGGUAGCUAUUUUGAUGCGAAAGCAAAACACAGUCUCUCCGAGCCUUGUGGAACACGCAUUGAAUUUGAUUUGUGGAACAGGGCAUCAGAUGGCUCUGAAGACUCCCAGGAGCGAGCAACUCUGAAGCAAAGCACUGGAAUAAAACCUACACCUGUUCAUCUCUCUAGGAUUCCUGUGAAACAAACCUACAAUCAUUACUUUUGCUGCUCUAGAAAGAAGUAUGGAGAUGUAGUCUGUCUCCCUUGCAUGGUGAUAGAAAAUAUCCUUUAUACAGUAGGGCUCAUUUACACUGUUUUUUUCCAAGGACCGGUUCCAGCAAAACGCAGCAGCUGCAACAUAUAUAUUGUUUAAUUAUCUUCAUUCUCGGACUGGGCUUCAAACCACUUUGAAGAAAAACUGGAUUUGUAUGUAACCUGCAGAGGUAUUCUAUCAGAGCUUUAUCAYAUAUUUUAAAAGCAGAACAAAAUGUCUUUUACCUCCAAACUCCCCCCGUCCUGGAACGACAGACCCCCUCCUCGUAAGGUGGAGAUUGACCUGAGUUCACCGGGGCUGGCUGUGUUUGAGCUGGAACGACUCCUGUUCACUGGGAAAGCCAUCAACAGCCAUGCAGACGAAGUGUGGCCCAGACUUUACAUUGGAGACCAGGACAGUGCUACGAAUGUCCGCCAGUUGGCCAACCAUCAUGUCACCCACGUCUUGAAUGCAAACCACAGUAAACGGCGAGACGGUGCGGAGACUUACCUGGGAAUGAACAUCAAGUACUUUGGCAUCGAGGCUCAUGACUCCUGUAACUUUGACAUGAGUGUCAACUUCCAGACUGCAGCAGACUUCAUUCACAGGGCCCUCAGUGGAGGAGGUAUAGUGCUGGUGCACUGUGCAGUGGGGGUGAGUCGUUCAGCCACCCUGGUUCUUGCCUACCUGAUGCUGAGACAGAACCUGACCCUGGUGGAUGCCAUCUGUGCCGUGAAGGACAACCGCGGUGUGAUCCCCAACAGAGGCUUCCUCCGACAGCUCAUCAACCUGGACACCAAACUGUAUGGCCACCUCCGCAACACAACCUACACCUAGAAGACUGAUUCAGCUUCUGUUCUAUUCUCUUUCGUCUAUUUGAGCAGUGGGUCACAAACCUUUUAUUUUUUMGGGAAACAUUUAUGCAAAUGAAUGUAUUUCAUUUGAAUGUAUUUCAUUCAUUUUUGGUAUUUAUGAAACAAAUACCAAAAUAUAGUUUGAAUGUAAUUUCCUUUAAGUUGGUGUAGGCUAUGUGGGAGACUUGCAUUCUAGUUCCCAGUAUUCAAAGUUUAGCUGUAUUCCAUGUUCUGCUUUUCCUAGCAGUGUCUGGCUGUAGAAUUAUUUUUACAUACCUCCCUUUAGAGAUGAAACCGCUGAUGGUUUGGAGGUCAAACUUGAGAAACCUGUCUUAUUGGGAAAUAAGUGGCAAUAUUAUGUAGCCUACUGUAACUUAAGCUUGUGUUGUAUACAUUUUUGGCAACAUACAUUUUUUUAUUGAGUAUUUUGUAUGUUUCAAGCUGAUAUGAGUAUGCAAUUACUAUGACAUUAAAGUAUGUGUGAAUACA